AUGCCUACCUACUGGCUCUCGGAUAGUCAGAGUACGUAUCGCUCCUCGGAGACAACCAGAACGAACGAAUCGUAGGACUAACGACAUGCACAGAGAUUGGCGUAGCUUUCUGUACCGGCGGUACGUAGCCAGUACAUCUUAUCUUCCAUCCUGUGCGAAUCCCCUCCUCUAACACCUCCCUCCCUCCCUCACAGGCGGCUUCUUCCUCCUCUUCGGCCUCAUCCUCCUCUUCGACCGCGCCCUCCUAGCAAUGGGCGACAUCCUCUUCCUCGUCGGCAUAACCCUACUCCUCGGCCCCAAUCGCACCUUCACCUUCUUCGCCCGCCGCCAGAAAUGGCGCGGAUCCCUCGCUUUCUGGUUCGGAAUCCUCCUCAUCCUGCUCCGCUGGCCAUUUGUAGGAUUUGUGGUCCAAUGUUAUGGCAUGUUCAUCCUGUUUGGAGAGUUCUUCAAGACAAUAGCCGGCUUUGCGUAUAAUAUUCCGGUGGUGGGUCCUUAUUUGGCGAAGGCGUUGAGUGUGGCCGGGGAUAAGGCGGGAGCGGAUGAAAGGGCGCAUAAGGACUUGCCUGUAUGA